AGCAGGAGUCGGAGCCGGAGGGGGAUGGAGAGGAGAAGGUUCCUAGGAGGCAUGGCGCUCCUGCUUCUCCAGGCGCUGCCCACCCCCCUGUCAGCCAGGGUCGAACCCCCUCAGGAUAAGGAAACCUGUGUGGGGAUCAACAACCAGAGCUACAUAUGUGACACAGGACACUGCUGUGGACAGUCUCAGUGCUGCAACUACUACUAUGAAGUCUGGUGGUUCUGGCUGGUGUGGACUAUUAUAAUCAUCCUGAGCUGCUGCUGUGUUUGCCACCACCUCCGGGCCAAGCAUCACCAGCAGGCACAGCAGCGACAACAUGAAAUUAACUUGAUUGCCUACCGGGAAGCCCAUAACUACUCGGCGCUGCUGUUUUAUUUCAGGUUUUUGCCAAACUAUUUACUACCUCCUUAUGAGGAAGUGGUGAACCGACCUCCAACCCCUCCCCCACCAUAUAGUGCCUUACAGCUACAGCUACAGCUACAGCUACAGCAGCAGCAGCAGCAACAGCAGGUGGUCCCUGUCUGCAGUAACCCCUCGGGCCCUGAGCCCAUCAGGAGCCUUCAGGAGCCCCAAACCAGCCCACUGUCCGUGCCUGGCAGCAGCAGGAAUAGCACGAGAUCAAGCACUGAGGACCUUGAGCUCUCCACGCUGCUGGUGGACCAAGAGGCUACCAAAGCCUCAGGCAUGGAGCCAGGCAGCUCUGGGGCCUGUCUGGGGGAGCUGGGCGACCCAGGGUCUUUCCUAGAUAAGGACUCGGAGUGUAAAGAGGAGUUGCUGAAAGAUUACAGCUCUGACAGCUUGGAGCACAGCAGCGCCCUUCCUGAUAGCAAAGACAAGACACCUGGGAGGCACCGACGUUUCACUGGAGACCUUGAUGAUGCCCUGGACAGCGCCCUGGACUUCUGUGAUAGUUGCCAAGCAAGGCCUCCUGGGGAUGAGGAAGAGGGGCUCUACCACCUUUCUGAGGAGCAAGCCCAGGAGCACGGCCACCACCACAUGCUCCGCCAACCGGCGUGCAUCUUGUUGAAUACGAUCAAUGAGCAGGACUCUCCUAACUCCCAGAGCAACAGCUCGCCCAGCUAG